UGACGUUUAAAUUUUUCUUGUUUAGUCUUCUGCAAAUCGGUAGUAAAAUUUUGUAAAUAACCUAUGCCAUCACAAUUUAGUUAAUAAUUUGAAAAAUAAAUCUUUUAAAACCAAAAAAUGAAUAAAUUGACGUCAUAUACAAUACAAAAGGUUCACAAAGCCUAUUCAGACAAAAUUUUGACACCAACGAGCUUCGUCGAUUUAAGUCUACAGAAAGCGAAGAAGACCAGAGAUUUAAAUGCAUUUGUGACUUUAACAGAAGAUGUAGCCGAAACCCACAGUAUUGAAAGUGAAAAAAGGUUUUAUGUCACGAAGGAUCCUAGAAUGUUAGAUGGCAUUCCGAUUGGCAUCAAGGAUAAUUUUUGUACCAAUAAUAUUUUGACUACUUGUGCGUCCGAAAUGCUCAAGAACUUCGUGCCGACUUAUGACGCGACUGUAUACUCAAGGUUGAGGCGCGCUGGUGCAUGUUUGGUUGGCAAAUGUAAUCUCGACGAGUUUGCAAUGGGCUCUGGAACUGUGGACUCGACAUUUGGUCCGACUCGAAACCCCUGGUUAUACGACGAACAUAAUUGGAGGAUCGCAGGAGGCAGUUCAGGAGGUAGUGCAGUUGCAGUAGCCUCAGGGUCCUGCGUUGCAGCCAUUGGUUCAGACACCGGUGGAUCCACAAGAAACCCUGCAGCGCUAUGUGGUGUUGUUGGCUUAAAACCAACUUAUGGUCUAGUGUCCAGACAUGGGCUGAUUCCACUGGUCAACUCAAUGGAUGUACCCGGUAUCCUAGCUAGAACUGUUGAAGACGCAACAAAGGUGCUGAAUGUCAUUGCUGGACCAGACGAAAAUGAUUCAACAACAAUAAAAAAACCCUUUAGCCCAAUCACAUUACGAGAUCAUGAUCUUUUAAAUGUCAAGAUUGGUAUACCAAGGGAAUAUCAUUGCGAGGGUAUGAGCAAUGAGGUCAUAGAAGCAUGGAGCUAUGUAACAGAUUUACUGGAAAAAGAGCAUGCCACAAUAAGGUCUGUGUCAAUGCCACAUACAUCAGUUUCUAUAGCAGUCUACUCAAUAUUAAAUCAAUGUGAAGUUGCCAGCAACAUGGCUAGGUAUGAUGGCAUAGAAUACGGCCUCAGAGCAAACGCAAAUAACUCCACCGAGGAGUUAUAUGCUACAACCAGGCAUGCAGGCUUCAACAAAGUAGUCCGAUCAAGAAUCCUGGCUGGCAACUACUUCUUACUGACCAGAAACUAUGUAAAAUACUUCAUCAAAACUCUCAAACUAAGGAGGUUGAUACAGAAUGAUUUCAAAAAUGUUUUCAAUAGAGAGAAUGGAGUUCAUUUGCUUUUGACACCAACCACUCUGUCCGAUGCUCCGUUAUAUGAAGACUUUAUUGCUAGAUAUAAUAGGGAACAGUGUGCCUUGCAAGAUUAUUGCACUCAACCUGCAAAUAUGGCUGGGAUUCCAGCUAUUUCCAUCCCGGUAAAGUUGUCAUCAAAUAAGUUACCCAUAUCCCUGCAACUGAUGGGUCCUGCUUUGUCUGAAGAAUUAAUGCUGAAUGUGGCUAAGAAAAUUCAAAGGCUUGUAAACUUUCCUAUUUUACAAAAUGAACAGAAUAGCUAAAUAAUUAAUUUUGAAAAUAAAUUGUCUUUUAGGAAGUAGA